ACCCGGUGCGCAUUUCCGCUGACGGAACUGAAUGUGACAGAUUGUAAACAGAUGCGGGAUGUCGGGCCCUGGGGAAGGACGUCCUGGUGCCACAUUGCAUUUAUCACUCACUGAAUUGCUGCCUUACAGACUGCAGUGAUUUAAUUGAGGCACUCAUCUGAAUGAGGCAACACCUGUUCUAGACAGCACUGUUUGCACUCACCUUACCCAGUGCUGAUACUGAUAGCUGGCACAGCGGUCAGUUCUCAUUAGGUUCUUGAUUAACAACAUUGGCUCAUAAAGUGUCAGUUCUGGAAGGGGUUCAGGCCUUUGUGGACCAUCUGUUUUGCUACACUUCCUUUUGGAUUCAGACAGCAGAUGUUCCGUCUGCGGUGCCCUCAGGCCUUACGAUCCUGCCGUGUCUUCCCUCACACACGUAAGGAAACAGUCCGUUUGCUCCACCCCUCCGCUUCCUCUGUGACGCCGAAACUGUCAAGGUGAUGGAGGGUCUGGAGGUUGAGGACAUAAGCCCCGCCCUCGAGGCCACUGAGGACUACUUGCACUGCCUCGAUGACAAUCAAGGAGAUUGCCAGGUACGUCCGCCCAAGCUUAAAGAGGCCUCCACCUUGGACAAGUUGAACUCCAGUGGGGUGUGGGGGCUACUGACAGGAAAGCAAUCUGAAAUAUCACCCAAAAAUAUGGCCUGGGCGGAGCAGUCAUCUUUCACUGUGCUGGGCCUGCGACAUGGAAAAAGGAACCGGGCACGAUCCACCAACGAUUUGGCGGCUCAUGCCAAAGAGACGAACUCCACCACCAAUACAUCCAGCGGCGGCUUCAAGCGUGGCCACAACCGCUCCCGUUCAGACGUCAACAACCGCACUUACACCGAUAAUGGCAUGCCUGCCAUUGACAAAAAUACACUCAAGAACAUGGCACUGAACGACCACAGAGAUGCUCAUAAGGAGAGCAGCCCUAGCCUGGUGAAGCAGGGAACGCUGGAGCAGAGAGAGGGCCCAUGGGGACGUUGGACCACCUGUCAUGUGGAGCUUAUGCCCUGUGAGCUGCUUCUAUACAGCCUGGACAGCAGCGGCAACCAGCAGCUAUGUGCCGCCCUCUCACUGUCCCAUUGCCAAGGGGUGAGUGCACCACAGCCACAGGAUGGACGUGUACUCCAGGCCGUCUUCUUUAACAGCACUCGCGUGCAGUUGCGCGCACCCUGCCAGUGGGAGGCACUGGAGUGGUGUAGACUCCUCUGGGAACACGUCUUGGCCGCCCGUCCAGCCAAUCGCAAAGGGGAGCUGGCCCGUGCCAACUCCCCUACCCCUCACGAACCCGAUCCAGAUGCGGCGAUGGUGCCAGCCCCUCGACCCCUGGUACGUCCUACGGCCCUACCACUGUUCACCCAGCACUGUGCUGAUGUUCUUAAGGCUGGUCUUCUGCACCAACUCACUGACCUCAAUAACUGGAGGACCUUCACGUUUGUACUGAGCCGCACUGAGCUGCAGGCCUUUCCGACCGAGGGAAGAGGCCCAGUGUCGGAGCCGGUGUUGAGGUACCCGCUGGCCUCCUGUCUGGCUUUGCAGCGGGAUGAUGAAGACGGAGACACCAGCUCCCGCUUCCAGGCGGUCUUCCCUGAUGAUGUGCUGCGCUUGCGGGCAGAGACCGAGUCCAAGGCCCAGGACUGGGAGGAGGCCUUGCGCACGGCAGUGACGGCUCAGCGGCCACAGUGGGAGAAUAACCAAGUGGUGGUAAGGAGUAAGCCAGCCAGGGAGCGACGGCACAGUGAGACCCAGAGAGCUAAACGACAGUCCGUCACCACUAGCUUUAUCAGCAUCCUCACCUGUCUGGCUGUAGAAAAGGGUCUUACCGCUCAGAGCUUCCGAUGUGCAGGAUGCCAGAGGCCAGUGGGUUUGUCACGAUGCAAGGCCAAAGUUUGCUCUUAUAGUGGCUGGUACUACUGCCCAAGUUGUCACCAGGACAACCUCUUCCUCAUACCUGCGCGUCUACUGCAUAAUUGGGACACUAACAAACACAAGGUGUCAAAACAAGCGAAGGAGUUUCUGGAGUUUGUUUAUGAGGAGCCCCUGUUAGAUGUCCAGCAGUUGAACCCGUGUCUGUAUGAGCAUUGCGAGGCAUUGGCGGCCAUUCUCAAAUUGAGACAGCAGCUCCAGUCUCUCAGGGCUUACCUCUUCAGCUGCCGGGCCACAGUGGCAGAAGACCUCCGCCGCAGGAUCUUUCCGAGGGAAUACCUGCUACAGCAUGUGCACCUCUACUCAUUGGCAGACCUGCAGCAGGUCAUAGAUGGAAAGCUUGCUCCCUUCCUCUCUAAGGUGAUCAAAUUUGCCAGCUCUCACGUCUAUAGCUGUAGUCUGUGCCGGGAGAAGGGCUUCAUCUGUGAGCUUUGCCACACUGGCCAGGUCAUCUAUCCCUUCCAGGAGAAUGCCACCAAAAGGUGCGAGGGCUGCGGUGCCGUCUUUCAUGCCGAGUGCCGGAUGCGAGCCCAGCCGUGCCCGCGAUGCGUGCGCAGAGAACUGCACAAGAAGCCGGCGUCAUUCUGGAAGAGACACGGCCCUCACCACAGCCCUGAUGACGAGGUGCUGAACUGCUUUGAGCUGGACCCCUGAGAUGCUUUACGGAGAGCGGUGCCCGAGCACACUGCACUGAUGAAGUCCAAGUGCUGCUGUAUGCACUAAGGACAAGAUUCCGUGCGCCCUCGGUACAAGUGCUCCGUGAAAACCGAGGAACAGAGGCGUUUUUUUUUUUUUUUUUACGUUCUCCCUCACCUGAGAGAGAUGGGCACAGAGACAAUAAUUCAGCUCCCGAAGAGCAGAGGCUUCAUAAUGAUACCAAUUUACCCUUCCCUUUCAUCUACCAAAUGACAGCCAGGGCCAACCAACAAAUACAGGCAAGGUACGCUCACACACUUGCACAUAAACACACUCCCACUGACAGAUGUAAAAUAAUGCCCUUUCUGGCAGAUUCACAAUCCAAGAGCGAUGAUUCAAACCAAUUUCUGGACACAAAUAGAGCUUCUAAUCCAUUAAUGGUUUAGUGAAAAUGAGCGCUGCAAGAUGGGAGUAUCUGGCCCCUCUGUUAGGUUUCCCUCCACGCUGUAGUUAACCUACUAUGCCGAAGACCCUUGAUCUGGAUCGCAUGAAGGCUGAAGAUGAAGAUAAACAUCCUUAGAACAAAAAUUAUUAUUUUUUUUCUUUCAGAUGUUUGCAUUUUUGCACUUUACAUUUAUGAUUUGUCCCUAAGUUUCAGUUUUUUUUAUUGUUAUUACAAGAUCAUUGCACUUUCAGUCAGAGCAUGUUGCCACAUCCGUUUUUAUCUCAACGCAUUCAGCUUUGGUUUGCGUUGUACUGUGAAGAAGGACUGGUGCCUCGUCCCGUCCAGCUGGAGUUUAAAAAGUUUGACUGUUUAUCAACACUCAAUGGUACUGCCUAUAAGCAGCUGAACCACGUUGUUCUUGCUAACCGCCUGGUCUGUGAUUACAAACUACCCUGGGCCACCAAACCCCGAAAUUACAGUCUAGAGUUCCAGGGCUUUGUUUAGCAUUCAUUCGUCUUUGUAACAAGAAAUGUGGACAAGCUCAUAAUUCAUGUCCAUCUAACCUCUGCUUUGGAUCCUCGAUGCCUCUCUGCGUUCAUGCGAAGUUUUCUUGCUACUUGAAAUCAGUAUUGGCAAUAAAGUCACUUCUUUUGCUGCCUUGUUUGACUUCCCAUUCUUUGGCCAGACCUGUCUUUCUCCAGUUGGACAAUAUGUGCAAAGUGCACAAUAAGAAAUACAAAAAAAAAACUA